AAACCAGAGUCAACGCGCGUAAUUCUUUAAUUCGGAACGUGAUCAUGCACGGUUUAAAAGUUAGUAGUGUUUCAAGGUCGUAGUAAAAUGGCUGCCUCCAGUUACACAUGUGUGUUGUCAACCCGAAGACCGUUUUUAUCUGUUUUGAGAUCCUAUUCCAGAUGCAGUACCACAUUUUUUGACAAGAAGCAUAAGCCAAAACCACAAGGAUUGGUGCCUGUUUACCAUGCCCAAAGAACAGUAUCCUGGCAUCGGUCGUUCAGCACCAGUCCAUAUUUCAGGAGUUCAGACACAGAACAGACUGUCACUGCUGAACCAGUAGAAGAGGAUUAUCAUACCAUCAUAAAAAACACAGAACGCAGCAAAGGUCCAUUGGAUCAUCAUGAGUUUCAAGCCGAGACAAGAACACUAUUGGAUAUUGUUGCAAGGUCACUUUAUUCAGAAAAAGAGGUGUUUAUUCGAGAGCUGAUCUCUAAUGCUAGUGAUGCUCUGGAGAAAUUACGAUACCUGCAGAUGACUGACUCAGAGGUUAAGGAUCCGGACAUACCUCUAGAGAUUCAUAUCGGUGUGGAUGAAAACAAAAAGACAUUCACAAUACAGGAUACUGGGAUAGGUAUGUCCAAAGAAGAAAUGAUUGAAAACCUCGGAACAAUUGCAAAGUCAGGAUCUAAGGAAUUCUUAGAAUCAAUAUCCAAAAAGACGGGAGAUGUGGGCAGCAGCAUCAUUGGUCAAUUUGGAGUGGGAUUUUAUUCCUCUUUCAUGGUAGCAGAAAAAGUUGAAGUAUUUUCGCAAUCCAACAAACCAGGGUCUCAGGCCUUUUCCUGGACAUCAGACGGCACUGGAAGUUAUGACAUGGCAGAAGCUGAGGGGGUGCAGAGGGGAACAAAAAUUGUCCUGCAUUUAAAGGGAGACAGCUACAACUUUGCCAAGGAGGAACGUAUCAAAGAGGUUAUUAAGAAAUACAGCAACUUCGUUGGGGUUCCUAUUUACCUGAAUGGAAAACGAGCGAACAUUGUACAGCCCUUGUGGAUGAUGGAAGCGAAAGACAUUACGGAUGACAUGCAUGAGGAGUUUUACCGCUUCAUUGGAAAUGUAUACGACAAACCUCGUUACAUACUUCAGUACAAAAUUGAUGCUCCACUUAACAUACGAGCUUUGUUCUAUGUACCAGAGUACAAGCCCACCAUGUUUGACAUGAGUCGAGAGACAGAUGUUAGUGUUAACUUGUACAGUAGAAAAGUGAUGAUUAUGCCAAGGGCCAAUCAUAUCCUGCCAAGGUGGCUCCGGUUCAUGAAAGGUGUUGUUGACAGUGAGGAUAUCCCGCUGAACUUAAGCAGGGAACUCCUACAAGACAGUGCUCUCAUCAGGAAGUUGAAUGAUGUACUGUCCAGUAAGAUGAUUAAAUUUUUCAUGGACCAAAGUAAGAAGGACCCACAGAACUACAUGAAAUUCUAUGAGGAUUAUGGACUGUUCUUUAGAGAAGGCAUUGUAACAACACAUGACCAGGAUCAAAGGGAGAGGAUUGCGAAGCUGCUGAGGUUUGAAUCUUCUAAGACAGCCCCCGGGGAGUUAAUUGGUCUGGAUGAUUACGUGGACAGGAUGAAGGCUGGGGCACGAGACGUCUUCUACCUGUCUGCUCCGAAUCGACAGUUGGCAGAGAGAUCUCCAUACUUGGAAGCUUUACAGAAAGAGGACAAAGAAGUGUUGUUUUUGUACGAGCCGUAUGAUGAACUCGUUCUCAUGAACCUGGGCCAGUUUUACAAGAAAAAUCUCAAAUCUAUUGAGAAUGAGAUCACCAGUACGAACACAGAUGAAGAAAUUGAUGCAGCAGACUCAGGCAGUCUGUCUAGGUCUGAAGCCAAUGAUCUAAUGGACUGGUUAUCAAACACUCUCCUAAACAAAGUCAGCAAGGUUAAGGUAACAAAAAGGUUAUCCUCCCAUCCGUGUGUGAUAACUGUAGCGGAGAUGGCAUCAGCCAGGCAUUUCCUGAGGACCACGCUGGCUGGCAAGAGUCAAGAGGAGAGGUACAGACUACUGCAACCCACACUGGAAAUCAAUCCCAGUCAUCCCUUGAUAAAGAAAGUUCACUCCUUACAGCAAAGUAAUCCGGAACUUGGGAGACUGGUGAUUGAGCAGUUGUAUGAUAAUGCGAUGGUACAUGCGGGUUUGGUGGAUGACCCCAGAACAAUGGUGGACAGGCUGAACGAACUCCUAGAAAAAGCCCUAGACAAACACUGAUUUGGACAUGCCUGUAAAGGGCGUCUAAUGAUGGGAGAUGCUGAUGUGCAUUAACACUGAAUAUUUUCCGUGAAAAAGGUGUUUGAUUAACUGCUUUACUGCAACAAUUCCUGUAUGUUUUAUGGGAGGGACUUUAGUAUUGAACAUUACACGGAGACUUGAGAGAAUGGCCACGUAAAGCAGUAGAGAACCGUCACUAUAUGGAUUAUGUUUUACCUUAGGGACUACAGAGUGCAUAUGUGUUAACUAACUUGUCUGUGAUUCAAUAAAAAUAUUACUGAU